UGGCGACUCGCCAAGCUGUGACGUAAAAUAAAAGCGCCAGUCGCGCGGGAUGCUCGUCACCUUCCCGCCUGCUUAGUGCUUACGACUUAAACAGUUGAAGAAAUGAAAGUAAAAAUAAAACGCUGGAAUGGAGUAGCAUCCUGGCUGUGGGUUGCCAAUGAUGAAAACUGUGGCAUAUGCCGUAUGCAUUUCAAUGGCUGCUGUCCUGACUGUAAAAUACCAGGAGAUGACUGCCCAUUGGUGUGGGGCCAGUGCUCCCACUGUUUUCACAUGCACUGCAUUUUGAAGUGGCUCAACUCCCAGCAGGUCCAGCAGCAGUGCCCCAUGUGCCGACAGGAGUGGAAGUUCAAGGAGUAAGAGCAUGAAGUGGAAGGAGUUCAAAAGGCUCAAGAAAAACUUGCCAAGGACAUGAGAUGGCCUGUGCUUUGUGGUGUCAUACCAUGCAUUACUUGCAGCACAGUUAAUGUUACAGGUUUGGUAACUGGAGUGGCAUUUUCUAUACAAUGCUUUUAAAUUUGUACAAAUAGUACAACUGAUCUUAAACACUUGGGUAUUUUGCUGGUUCUAAUUGUAUAUAGCAAGAGAAACGUAGACUGUCAGCUUUGCAUAUUUAAUUUUCUAUCAGUUUAAAUUUACAAAGUGCUUUUAUCUAUGAAAAUAAAAUACAGAUAAUGUAA